CAGUGUCCUGUUAUUUGGAUAUUGGGGGUCAAGGUCCACAUGCGAAUCACAUGGCAAGUACCGCCCACGUAGCCCUUUGAUUGACAUGGCACACGAAUAAACGCCUCUGAUUGGUUUAGCUAAGAUCCUAGCACGUGAACAUUUCAUGGCCGCAUGGCCAACACAACGUGCUCGACACAAGAUUGCGGAUAGUCGACUCGAAAGCAUAAACACUCGUACGUUCCACAAAAUCCAGAUGAUUCACAACUUCCAAUCGUCAUGAUGUGGUGUUUUGUAGCGCAGCCGAACUCCGUGGUUCUAGAAGUUAAAGUAGAUUCACAAGCAAAUGGACAGAUUUGUCUUGAUAAGGUUUGCGAACAGCUUGGAAUCAUUGAAGUCGAUUACUUUGGUCUUCAGUAUGAGGGAGCAAAAGGCGAACACCUGUGGUUAAACACGAGAAAUAGUAUAUGUCGCCAGCUUCAAGGACGACCGCCAUACAGACUACAGAUGAGAGUCAAAUUUUAUGUCCAGCCACACCUGUUAUUGCAAGAUACCACCAGAUAUCAAUUCUUCCUGAACAUCAAACACGACUUUGCGGCCGGUGUUUACAAGACACGAUCCACCGAUGAAACAGCGCAACUCAUCGCUCUCAUGGUACAAGCCGAACAUGGCGACUUCUCCAAGCAAACCGCGUUGAAACUAAUCUAUAAGAGUUUCUGUCCUGAAGACACGCCGGAUGAUGUGAUUCAAAUGGUGUUCAAGGAGCAUGAGCAGUUGGCCGGUAUGACGGCACCAAAAGCUGUGUACCAAGUGUUGUCCGUGGUGUCUGCGUUCCAGGAUUACGGCAUUGUACGACACUUGGCCAAGGACUAUCGUAACAUGGAUUAUAACAUCGAUGUUGGUCCGGAGGGAAUCUCACUCUAUAAUGCUGAGGGGGCAUUUACCGAGAGCAUCACAUACCCGACAGUCCAUAUGGUCACCAACUCGGGAAAAUGUGUCUACCUGACGAUAAUGAGCGACCAGGGUGAGACCAAAAAGAUGUGGUUUCUUCUCGUCAGCAAGAAAGCGGCAAAUGGUCUUUAUCGAUGUGUGACGGAGAUGCAUUCUUUCUAUCGCUGUGAUACCGUGAGAAACGCUGUUUCAUCACAGUACAGCCGUGAUAUCAAGGGUACCAUUAUCUCAAUCUUCAAUGAGAACACGACACUAGGAAAGAACUACGUGUUUGACAUCCGGCGGACAUGUCGGGAGGUGCAUGACUAUGCCCGGCGAGUGUUGUACUCUAACGGUGCCGAGGCUAAUAAACAGGAGAGUUCUGAUACUGCCAGCGACGGCGAGUGUGGAGAUGGGGACGAGUGUGAUUGUGUGACAGAUGAGAACAAAGUGGAGGCAAUAAAAGCCAGGCUAGAAAAAUACGAGGACUCAAUGCUGUGUCGUGUGUGUAUGGCUGAGGAAAUCAACACGGCGUUCAUACCCUGUGGCCACUUGAUCUGUUGUGUAACGUGUAGUAGCCACGUGGAACAUUGUCCAAUCUGCCGCAGUGAUAUUGAAAACAUUCAACAAAUUUACAUGCCCAUGUCGUGGAGGUAGUUACGGGAGGAAAUGAACUUCUAGAUAUGGUGCAUUCUAUGUUCGGUUAUCCGUCUGCCAGUGAAGUGUUCAAAUGGUCCAUUGCCGUGCCCCAGGAGGUGUUCCUCAUCUGAACUGGGUCAGAUGUUCGUCUGUGUUCAGCCAUCGUUGGAGCAUCAUUGACCUCUUGUCUUCUGUAUUUUCGCAUUGAUUUGAAAGAAGAACUUUAUUUGUGUGGUGAGAUAGUGACGAUACCUGUGAGUGGCCAUCGGACUAAUUCUGUGAUAUGGUGCUAGAGUUGGCUGUGUGUGGUCAUGUUAAAUUGAUCUGACGAUAUCUGUGAUAGGAAGGAAGGAAGGCAAUAAGGUUCUAAUGUGUGUCCUGAGCAAAAAAUCAUGAGAAGUUUGCUCUCAGAAAAAUGCUUUGAUACUAAAAAUUUAAAAAUUUGAAUAACUUGUUUUCUUUUUAAAAGUGAUGCAAAGCAGUGGGUUUUUGCAUUGGAAAGAAUACUUCUGUUUCGUUUUCUAAAGAGCAGUGGUAAAUAGGAUGGUAUUGAUAGUUAGAAAGUGGGCGAAUCCACUGCUGUUGCCAGUAUGUGCUACUUGAUUUUCUGGCUGUGCUACAGAAAUUGUGCUUUGUCCAUGCUAAAAAAGUUAAAAUUUAAUUGAAAUAUCUAUGAUUUGUUGUGGAAAGAAAAAAAUUUCUGUUUCGUUCUACAACUACAUCUAGGUGAUUUAAAAUUUCUCUCGCCUUGCUCAAUUUUGAGAGAAAUGAUUUCGGCUUGAAGGAUUCAGUGAUGAUGUUUGUCUGUGUUUGUACACUCUUCAAUGUGCUAAUAUGUUAGUUUUCACUUGAGUAGAGAACUGGUUGGAUGUACAUAUCUUUCUGGUAUUCAGAUGGUAGUACACUUCUGCAUGAAGUGCCUCAAGCAGGGUAGAUUUAUUUGAAUUUUUGUUCUCUGGACUUAAGAAACUGUAGUUGACAUAUCUUUGGUUGGUUUGUUUUCAUAAAGUGACUGAUGUGUAUACUGUAGUUCAUUCCAGCAUUCUAUUUCUACAACAUUUACACGAGUAAAAGCUUCUAACUGCUAUUAUAAAAGUUGUAUUCUACCUAACUGCGGGUUAUUGCUUUGAGUUUGAUCUCUGCUUUAACUAACCCUGCACAGGAUUAUAUAAUCCCAUGUAAUACAUGUAGUUAAAUACUUGGAGAAUAAUGUCAACAAACAAGGCCGUGGCAUGGUGUUAUAAUCAGAACAUGGUGGAUCAUGUGGUGUCCAGGGUAACAAAAGAGAACUUACAAUUGGUCCUAUUUCUGAUCUCAGGCUGUGGUUUCAUUAGUUCUGUUUGAUGGGUAAUACAAGGGGUAUGCCCUUGAUUCCCCUUGAAAUAUCACAGGUGGUCAAGUGGUCUUGAUAGAUAGAAUCCGUAAUGAAAGAAAGCCACUUGGUAGUAAAUGAAUAAGUUGGACAUUUUAAAUGUUUUUGUGCCAUAAAAGAGUGAAUGAUCUGUUGUGUUCCAAUCUUGACGUGAAACUGGGUGCUAGCUGACUACCAUAAACCUGCUUAAUCAAAAGUCUCAUCUCCAGAAAAUGCAGAGGGGCAGACCGUUAAGAUAGUUUUUUGUACAUGUUUAUAUUGAAGUCUAUUUCUCGAUGACAAUAACGUGCUCCACCGCUCACUGCUUACCCUGUCCUGGAGGUCUUCACAUACUUGGGAGUUCUUCAUAUCGGAAUUGUAGGUUGGACUUGUAAUUUUCAAAUUUUGUCAUAUGAUUUCUAUUUCUAGUCUUUGUGAACAGAAACACAUUUUAUUUUUCUUCAGUGUUUUGUAUUAUUAUGGUGUCUCCUGUAGCAAGCAGUGUUCCAUUCGGUUGUAUAACAGACAAUUUUAUGUGUUUUUUAUUUUUGUAUCCUGUCAAGACAUAAUGACAUAAUACUUCCCUUUCAUUUCUUGGACGUCUUCGAUUGUGGUCAGUCUGCGUGUUACUAUUUUUGGUUGGCCAUGAACAGUGAAAACAACUUGGUGGUUAUGACUUUGAUAGUUUUAACACUAUUUGUUUUUGUUCCAAGAAAGAAGUAGGAUUGUUGCCUACCUUCAUUUGCACAUUAUAAUUCAGUUGGUUCAAGUUAUUCUUUGCAAAAAGCUUCAGUUUGAGUUCUAAAACACUUCAGUUUUGUCUUCCUCACGUUAAUAAGUACUGCUCUACUUGAUGCCAAGUCAACCAAAUAGUAACACGGAGUUUCCAAAACUUGCUGGUUGUGGGUCACGUGAAACGAUUGAAAUAGAAAGUCAAUUUUGCAUAAUAUUGUAUCAAAUACAAGUCUGCUUUGUGCAGAAAUUGAGUGGGUUUCUCGUGAUCGAUUGACCCAGAUCCGAUUGCAUCAAAAUGUGGCCAGUAAGAUGGCCAAAUUAUGAUAAAAUCGAACAGUAAUGGAACACAAAUUUUUCAAAUAUGGCACAAAUUUUAUUAAAAGAAGAAGUUGUUUAUUCUUCCAAUCAUUCAGUGAGAACAUGUUGGUCACGCUUAAUGUUUCCGAUUGUGUUAUCAUUGUAUCAAUAUUGAUAAACACCAAUAUCUAUCACCUUUAUUGCAUUGACAGAGCAGGUCUCUUCUCUGCAUUCAAGCUAUUCGUGCGGUUGACCUCUUUCAACACUUCUAUUUCAAACAUUCAAAUAUGUAAUGGAGAUGUUCUGGCCAGUGGCCAAACACAGUCCUUUCAUAGCUGUUUGAGAAAGAAUACAGUUGGCCCCUUUUAGUCUAACUCUUUUGGCAACCAAAAUCAUAGCGUAGGAGUUCUUGCCGUGCGGCCCCCACAAAUUCAACGCUGAUAUCAACUUUUCCUUGCAAUUUUAAGAAUUUGAUCUCCUUUCAAACUUUUGUUGUGAACUCAAAAAGUGGCUUGCAUGUUGGUUAAUUCCGAUUUAUUUUAUUGCUGUUUGUAUAAAAGAGACUUGUCAGUGUGAUAUCGUACUGGGGGUUGACAUGUGAUGACUCAUUCAGUGUGUGGGCCAACUUACACAACUUGGGAUUCCAUUUCUUCCCUCAAAGUUGUCCUCUGGUAUGAACAGGCUUUGGGUGGGUUUUAUGAGACAACAGAAAAUAGACAGUUGUUUGAGUUGGCUAAUGAGUCGCUUGCUGUGGCAUUAGGGGGGGGGGGGGG